AUGGUGACGGACUGGCUGCUUCCGCUGCUAGUCGUCCUAUCGUCUUGUAGGGCUCAUGUACUGGCUCCGAUUCAGAUAACUAUAUCACAUCGAAAGCCUAUCGUGGCAACCUCAACCUGCGGAGAAGUUAAUGGACAACCGAUCAAAGAAGUGUUUUGCUCUUUAGCUGGUUCGAAUCAGUAUUCACCGUACUCACAGUAUUCCUAUAAGGAUGACCAGAAAUCGGACAAUGAUAUCAUUCAAGAAAUGAGAAAUCCUCGGGAAGCCAUGUUCCUUGGAGGGCACGGUUGCGCCCACUGCGAAGCUGGUACUCGUGAUGCUCAUCCCGCUACUGCUAUGGUUGAUGGUAAUACAAGUUGGUGGCAGUCCCCACCAUUGAGCCGUGGAAUGCAAUACAAUGAAGUCAAUAUCACGAUUGAUUUGGAGCAGGAAUUCCAUGUCGCCUAUGUCUUUGUUCAUAUGGCCAACUCACCUAAGCCCAGCACCUGGGUUUUGGAACGCUCCUCUGAUCUUGGAAAAACAUUCAAACCUUGGUAUUAUUUUGCGGUAAAUCCGGCAGAAUGCAUGAGACGUUUUGGAGAGGAUUCAUUAUCUCCCAUUGUCAAUGAUGAAGACGUUAUCUGUAGAUCUGACUUGUCAAGCAUUCAACCCCUGGAAAACGCUGAAAUUUUAAUUAACCUACUGGAACAUCGACCUUCUAAAAACAACUUCACUGCUUCUGAGGCUUUGCAAAACUUCACUAGAGCCACUAAUGUAAGACUCAGGCUGCUAGGAACAAGAACACUCCAGGGCCAUUUGAUGGACCUAAACGAAAAAAGAGAUCCUACCGUCACAAGACGAUAUUUCUAUGGUAUCAAAGAAAUUAGCAUUGGAGGCAGAUGUGUCUGUAACGGUCAUGCCGCUACUUGUGAUAUUUUGGAUGCCAAUAGACCUAGGGCUCUUCUUUGCCGAUGCGAACACAAUACAUGUGGAGAUAUGUGUGAAACCUGCUGUCCAGGAUUCGUCCAAAAGAAAUGGCAACCAACAACACCUCAUAACAACUUCUCUUGUGAACCUUGUAACUGUUUCGGAAGAUCGAAUGAAUGUGUUUAUGAAGAAGAAUUAGAUAUUCUAAAAAAAUCACUAGAUAUUCAUGGAGUCUAUAAAGGAGGAGGACGGUGCAUCAACUGCAGAGAUUAUACAACUGGCAUUAACUGUAACGAAUGUGUCACUGGCUUCUACAGACCUAAUGGUGUGCAAUGGUCUGACACAAUGCCUUGCAAACCUUGCAACUGCGAUCCUUCUAAGCAUACAGGAUCUUGCUCAGAGGGUGAUGGCAAAUGUGAGUGCCAACCACGUUUUGAAGGAGAAAAUUGCGACAGAUGUGCGAAGGGAUAUUAUGAUCCUCCUGAGUGCAAAAAAUGCGAAUGUGCUGUGGACGGAACUUACAACGAAACUUGCUUGCCUAUUGAUGGGCAAUGUCCUUGUAAACAAGGUUUUGGAGGAACUUUCUGCGAGACCUGUGAUUCUGGAUUUACUAACUUCACUGCAGGGUGUCUUGGGUGUGUCUGCAAUGAUGUUGGAUCAGAACAUAGCAACUGCUCUACGGAGACGGGUCAAUGCGUAUGCAAAUCUGCCUUCAGCGGACUGAGCUGUGAUAAAUGUCAACUCGGAUAUUACGGAUUUCCCAAUUGUACUUAUUGUAACUGCGAUCCCGUCGGUACAGAAGGCGGUCAGUGUGAUCAAUCCACCGGGCAAUGUUUGUGCAAAGAAGGUUACGUGGGAGACAGAUGUGACAAAUGUGAUGUCGGUUAUUAUGGCUAUCCAAACUGUCAAUCAUGUACUUGCGAUGGCGCUGGAUCGAGCUCUCCUAUCUGCGAUGCUUCAUCUGGUCAAUGUCCUUGUUACGGAAACUUCACAUCACGCACUUGCGACAAAUGUGCUGCUGGAUACUAUGACUAUCCUAACUGCAAAACUUGCUCUUGUUUGAUUGAAGGAGCUAAAGGCCAAAGUUGCGAUAACGAUGGUAAUUGUUAUUGUAAAGGCAAUUUCGAAGGCGAACGUUGUGAUCGUUGUAAGUCAAACUUCUACAACUUCCCUGCUUGCGAAGAAUGUAAUUGUAACCCUGCUGGAGUAACUCUUGAUUUUGCUGGUUGUGACAAGGUCGCUCCUGGAGAGUUGUGUUCAUGCAGAGAAAACGUUGUUGGUCGUAUUUGUGAUCAGUGUAAGCCAAAAUUCUGGGAUCUUCAAUACACUCAUGAGGAGGGAUGUGUUCAAUGUGGUUGUCAUCCAAAUGGAACACUUUCUGAUAUUCAGAUCUGCGACAUCAAGAGUGGCCAAUGUUUAUGUAAGAGAAAUGCAGGAGGUAGAACUUGCGACCGUUGUGCUGAAGGUUUCUAUAACUUGCAAGGAUUUAACCAACUCGGAUGCGAAACUUGCGACUGCGAUAUUGGAGGAGCAGUUAGGGGAGAUUGUGACAUAAUUACUGGGCAAUGUCGUUGUCGUCCCAGAAUUACUGGACGUAAAUGUGACAAACCGAUUGAAAAUCAUUAUUUCCCAACUCUUUGGCAUAAUCAGUACGAAGCGGAGGAAGGACAUACUGAAGAUAACAAGCCUGUUCGCUUUGCUGUUGAUGGAGUUGAAUUCAAGAACUUCAGCUGGCGUGGUUAUGCUGUGUUCUCUCCUAUUCAAGAAGUUCUUAUUCUCGAAGUUGAUAUCACAAAGUCCUCAGUGUACCGAUUGCUUCUAAAAUAUAAGAAUCCUACUCCUGUCCAAAUUACAGCUGAUGUCACCUUAUCCCCCCGUGCGUUGAGCUCACAUGAUCAAGAGCAAAAAGAAAAAGUUACUUUUGCUCCUUCCAAUGAUCCCCAAAUCAAGGAAGUCACUGUCAAAGGUAAACCCUUCGUCAUGAAUCCUGGAAGAUGGGCCCUCAAAAUAGCAACUAAACAGAGACUGUAUCUGGAUUAUGUUGUUGUUUUACCGGCGGAGUACUAUACUGGCGCCAUCAUGAAGGAAAGGGCACAUCCUGCUUGCCACUCAGAUUCCAUUCCCAACUCAACAUGUGUCAAUUUGAUGUACCCUCCUAUUCCUAGUUCUGCAAGGGCUGAUGUUUCUGCUCAAAAGAAUACAUUUAAAUAUGUGAAUUACGAUGGCUCAACAACUGACAUAGAACUCGAACCUAUCGAAAUCUUACCUGAAAUUAUUGGACCUGCUGCUUACAUCCAAGCUGGGGAAGAUCCAAAAGUCAUUGAGGCUAGAAUUAACAUUGAAGAAGGGGAUGAUUACGUCAUCGUAGUUGAAUAUCAUAAUGGUGAUAAAACAUCUUUCCCUGUGGUUUUGGAUAUUGCUCAAGAUGGGUUGACUCGUUUUAAUGGGUCUGUCAAGAUUCAGCAUUGUCCUUUCACAACCUUCUGCCGUGAAGUAGUAACGGAUGAUGGAAUAAUUCAAACUUCUUAUUUGGAAGAAGGGGAAGCCAUUAUUCAGAUUCGCGUUGAUGCUAUGAACCAAUUUGGUUUGGCUGCUGUUAAUUUGAUUAGAAAGUCUGAUUGGAACAUUGAUUAUCUCCAACAAGUUCCUGUAUGUGUGAGAAAGAAUGGAAAAUGCGUGCCCCAGGAAUAUCCUCCAGCCGCAAACUCUAUUGUUGCUGAGGCUAGUGCCGGACCUAAUCAGGAAAAAUCUGUUUCGGGAGAAAAACUACCAUUCCCGAUUGCCAAUCCUAAAGAAGUCAGAGUUGUUCCACUUGAUGAAACUCGUGCCACUUUCGACAUCUCAGGAUUUGUUCCCACAAAAGGACAUUACAUGUUCCUCAUUCACUAUUACAAUCCGGACAACGCUCCACUCGUACUUCGAGGCCUCGUCAAUUAUCCCGAUCGUUUUAAUGAGGGAAAUGUGUCUUUGGCGUAUUGCCCUUCAUUCAGUGGGUGCUUGGCUAUCUUCUAUGAUAAGGAGAGACCUGAGAUCAAGCAGUUUGUUGUUGAGGACAAGUACUCUAUGACUCUAUAUUAUAACUCAUCUCAGAAGGGGCCUAUCUAUAUCAAAUCUGUCACCCCAGUGCCUUACCAAUCAUUCUCUGAAAUGUUACUGACACCUCUACCUAUCGAUGUUUCAGCUGAGUUUGUCCAAAAUUGUAGAGAAAACUUCUUUGAAAACUCACCUAGCACUGUUUCCGAUUUUUGCCGUGAUAAAAUUUUCUCAUUGACAGCUGACUUCAAUUCUGCUGCUUUCUCAUGCGAUUGUAACGCUAAGGGUUCGGAAUCAUUCUGUUGUGACGAGUACGGUGGACAAUGUAAAUGCAAAGCUAACAUAAUUGGUCGUCGCUGCGAUCGAUGUGCUCCUGGUUAUUAUGGUUAUCCUGAAUGUAUCAAAUGUAAGUGCGGGGAAGGACAGCUUUGUGACGAGCAUACUGGACAGUGUUAUUGUCCUCCUCAUGUAGAAGGUGAAACUUGUGGUUCUUGCGUUGGUAAUGCAUUUGGUUAUGAUAGGCUUAUUGGAUGUGAACUUUGUGGUUGUCAUCCACAAGGGUCAGAAUCAGGCUCAUUACAAUGUGAUUCUCUGAAUGGCCAAUGUCUCUGUCGCGAAUCUGUAGGAGGACGUGUUUGUGAUCGUUGUCUUGCUGGGUUCUACGCUUUCCCUCAAUGUUAUGAAUGUCGCUGUAACAAAGCGGGAACUACUCAAGAAAUCUGUGAUCCCAAAACAGCUACAUGCCAAUGUAAAGAUAAUGUGUAUGGACCUGGCUGCGAUACCUGCAAAGCAGGAACGUUCCAUCUCACUAGUGAUAAUCCUCUUGGAUGUAUCGAUUGCUUCUGCUUUGGUAUAACCGGUCAAUGUAGAUCGAGCAUGUUCCCUGUUGUCUUCGAAAAUAUUGAUCUCGCUGGAUUCAUUACAACAGAUCUUACUGGACAGGUAUCCACAUCUGAUGACGUUAUAACGUACACCUCGAGCGAAACUUCUGAGAGUACAUACUUCAUAGUGCCUAUAAUCAAUGGAAAUGACUAUACUACAAGUUUUGGCUUAAUGCUCUCCGCAAAAUUAUCUGUUACUCCUCGUAAUCCGAACAAUCGUGCUAUUAGUACAACUGCCGACAUUCGCUUGUAUGGAAACAAUAUCACCGCAGAGUUCUGGCAAGAGGAACAGCCUUCUAACCCCGAACAAACUUUCGCAGUCCGUGCUCGUCUUGUGCCGGAAAAUUUUAUGUACAAUGGAGAACGGCCAAUCACUAGAGAAGAACUGAUGAUGCUUCUGAAUGAUCUUCAGAAUAUAACUAUAAAAGCAUCAUACUUUGAAGAAACUGCUUCUGCAACUCUAUUAGAAUUUGCGCUUGAAAAGUCUGUCAACGAUCAUACAGUUGACUCUGUUGUAAGAGCGUCAUCUGUAGAACAAUGUAACUGUCCUGCCCCUUAUACCGGACCAUCUUGCCAACAAUGUGCUACCGGGUACUAUAGAGUCGAGGGAAAUUAUUUGGGAGCCUGUGUUCCAUGCGAUUGUAAUGGUCAUUCUGGUUCUUGCGAUUCACUCACUGGAAAGUGCUUCGACUGCGAAGACAAUACUCACGGAGAUCAUUGUGAACUUUGUAAUGAAGGCCAUUACGGUGAUGCUACAACCGGCUCUCCCUAUGCAUGCAUGCCUUGCCAAUGUCCUUAUGCUCCUGACAAUAACUUUGCUACUACGUGCCAAGUUUCCGAAUAUGGAGAGUUACUCAGUUGUAAUUGCAAACCCGGUUACACUGGAGAGAGAUGUGAUCGCUGUUCCGCUGGAUAUUUUGGAGAACCUAAUCGCCCAGGAGGAUCCUGCCAGCCCUGCAAUUGUAACGGAAAUAAUAAUCUCACUGACUUCGGAAGCUGUCACCCUGUCUCCGGAGACUGCUUCAACUGUGAGAAACAUACUGUGGGUCGUCGCUGCGAGUGGUGUGAACCUUGGUUCUAUGGAGAUGCUGUAUCGGAUAAAAACUGUGCUUCGUGCUCUUGCGACCAAUGUGGCUCCAAUAGAUGUGACAAUCAAUCUGGUAACUGUACCUGUAAACCAAAUGUGGAAGGAGAGAACUGUAAUCGUUGCGCACCUGAUCACUUCGGUUUCUCCAAGUGCCGUGGAUGCGAACCCUGUCAUUGUGGACAAGCGUCAUCAUCUACUCAAUGUCAUGCCGAUAGCGGUCAGUGCGCUUGCCGUCCUGGAGCUGCAGGUCUUCGUUGUGAGCACUGCGAACACGGGUUCUGGAACUAUGACGUUCACGGAUGUCAAAAAUGUGACUGUGAAGCCGAUUUAUCUAUGGGUACCGUAUGUGAUGUAAGAACUGGACAAUGUCAUUGUCAAGAAGGAGCUACAGGACCCCGCUGUGAUCAAUGCGAAAAGAGUUAUCUCCGUAUACCAACAAUGGGUUGUAGACGAUGUGAUGAAUGCGUUCAUCAUUUGAUCGCUGACACGGAUCUUCUCUCAAUUCAAUUCGGACUUCUGAAUACUUCGAUCGGUAACAUAUCAUCCGCCACUGUAGUUGGAGCUAGACUUAGCAGAAGCAAGAAGGCCCUUACUAAUCUUGUUGAACUAUCACAGAUAUUAACAAACUCCGAUAAUGAAUACAAUAACUUCAUUGGUGAUGCACGAAUUGUUCUAACAUCGGAAUCGAACUUAUUCAUCAACGCCAACCGUUCUUUCGCUGUGAGUAGCGACUACUCUCAUCGUGUUAGAAAUGUUUCUGAAGACGCAGAAGAUAUCUUACAAGACAUAAGAGAUCGCAUCGACUAUUCUAAGACGGUUAUUAAUUCCAUUCAUACUCUUGCGGAAGCUAUAGGAAGUCAAUCGUCUGCUCUCAACAUUGAUCCUCAUUGGAUAAAGGAUGCAGAGCAAAUUCUGAAAGAUUUGGAAGUUGCAGGAGCUGUGUCUCCACCUGAUGUUGUUAAAAACAUCCCAGAAUACAUGCUGAAAUUGAAGGCUAAUUUGGAAAGAUUCAAAGAGAAAAUGACCAUGAUGAGAAAGAAGGUAGAGGCUACCAAAGCCAAGUCUGACGAGAUCUCAAACUAUCUUUCUGAAACUCAAAAGCUUCUGAAAGAUUCGAAAAAGAAAAGUGAUGCUACAAUCAAGGCUGCUCAACAACAGUCUCUCUUCACGUUGGAAGGAUUGGCUAGUGCAAUCAACAAUGAUGUUGAAAAGCUAAUGGAAACCCGGAGAGAUGUUAGUACUCUCAUACUCGAUAUAAACAACAAGACUGAAACAAUGAGAGACGCGUUUGAAGGGAUAACUAACUCUCUCAACAUUCUGGUGGAUAUACGAGCUGAAGUACAAGAAGCCGUAGAAACCAGAGGAUUGAAGAGAGCCAAGAGAGAACCUAUGGAUAUCUCCCCCAUGAAAGAGAAGGUCUCUGAAAUUGCAGCGGAGGCUUCCAAUUUAGAAUCUAUUUUCGUUUCUGCACGCCAGGAAUCUAAGGCUGCUAUUGAAGCAGCUACAGCUUAUCAAAAUCUGACCGAUAGCUUAGCUUCGGCCCAGUCCAACUCACAAGAUGCUAUCGAACUAAUUGACGAGAGACAAGAAAAUAUAGAAGGAGUUCAAUCAGAAGUGUCGAAAGUUCAUACCAAAUCGCUAUCACUCUCGAAGGAAGCUGAUGAUCUUCAGAGAGAGGUGUUGAACGAACUCCAACGUAAAGCUGAUGCCACGGAUAGAGAUAUUGAGAGGCUCACACAACAAUUGGAUGGCAUGAGACAGUUGCGAAAUUCCGUACACAGUAGCCUUUCUUCACCAUUAAAAGAUGAUAUGAUGGCUGAUAUCGAGGACAGGGUGAACCAAGUUCAGUCAUACAAGAAUAAUUUGAACGAAGCUCUUGAAUCGGCUAGGAAGGAAAUAAGUGAGACAAAGGUUCAAGCUGAUACUGUUAUAGCCAAGCAAACCGACGCUGUUCAAGCUAUUAAGCAAGCAAGAAACAACAUCAAGGAGCUCAAAGAUCUCUCAGAAACAUUAAGGAAAUCUUUCGAUAAAAUGUCAGAUGCUCGUAAUCAGAAGUCGAAUAACGUUGAAGUCGCUCAAGAGAAGCUCAACCAUGUUAAAGAAAUCAUCGCUGUCGCUCGUGACGCCGCCAAUAGAGUCCGCUUAGGUGCACACUUCGAAUCUGGAAGCAGUCUUGAUUUGAAUCUACCUAUAAGAGUUUCUCAAUCUGCAGCCCAUACAGACAUUUCUUUCUACUUCCGUACUCAAUAUCCCAAUGGAAUACCAUUCUUCUUCGGUAAUGAAGAAGGCUCUGCUGGAACAAGAGCCGUUCCUACAGAUGAUUAUAUUGCAGUCGAGAUUGAGCAAGGGACUCCUAAAGUCACGAUAGACUUGGGAGAUGAGCCUUUGGUGAUAAAGUUAGAAACCAGAGUUGUAGAUAAUCUAUGGAGGAAAAUUGAAGUAGAACGUAUUGGUAAAUCUGCCACUGUUACUUUGAGUAAGCCAAAUGGAGAAGAUGUUGCUGAAACCAAGAAAGCUUCCUCUACCGGAAACAAGAGUGUUUUGAAUCUACAUCAAACACAAAGCCGUCUUUUUGUUGGUGGAAUACCUGCCAAGUCUCAGAUCGAUCGUUCUGUUCGUAAUCGUUUAUUCUAUGGUGAUAUUGAAGAGCUUCUUCUUCAUGGAGAGCCUGUUGGCUUGUGGAAUGCUCGCAAUGGAGGAAUGGUUAAUGUGAAUGGUGCUCCUCGUCGCUACAGAUCAGACGGAAGUUCUUCUAACACAGGCGUUUCUCUGAACGGCGAAGGAUACAUCGUGCACGAUCUUGGACAUUGGAACCCGCGCAAGAAAACCGUACUCUCGUUGCAAUUCCUCACAUAUUCUCCUGAGGGUUUACUCUUCUACAUAGGCAAAGAUAGCGACUUCAUGUCUAUCGAACUUAGUCUUGGAUCCAUCAAGUUGUCUGUUGACUUUGGUUCUGGAGUCGGCCAAUGGACAACCGAUAGCUCAGAAUACAACAAUGGAAAAUGGCACACCGUUUCUAUCAAUCGCGAUGGUGUGCAUUUGAAAUUAGAGGUCGAUGGAAAAACCGUCGCCGAGGGUGAUGCACCUGGCGAACAGUUCGAGAUGAGUGUAACGGAUAAAUUUUACCUGGGUGGUAUCCCCAGCGGCGUCAGCACUAGAUCUCCUGUUGUUCCUCUUCGCGGAUGCUUACGAGCAGUUCGCCUCGGAUCUGAUGAGCUCGACCUACUUGGUCGUGGUGUGAGUGCAAGCAAAGGUUUGAGAAGUACAUGUCCUCUUGGAAGUGUUAGAACGGUAUCUAUUUUGUCUGAGAGAUCGUCUGCUGUUUUCGAAAACAUGCCCAGUAGAGAGGAAGCUGAAGUUACACUUCGUUUUAAAACUCGUGAACAGAAAGGACUUCUUCUGAAUGUCCGAAGUGAAGAAGACGAUCAUUUACUUCAACUUGAAAUUGAUAAUGGACAACUUAUGGUCUCUGCCGGAGAAGAUAAACUGACUGUUGAAGUCGCAUCUGCGUCUGAUGAACAAUGGCAUUUUGUUUCUGUUCGAAAGGGCAAAUCUAUACUUCGAGUUGACGUCGAUGACAUAUAUUCGCAGCAUAUUGAUAGACAUCAAACUGUUGAAGAAAACGGUGAAACUGCAAGUAUAGUGUUCGGUAAACAAGCUGACGGAAGUUCGUUUGUUGGAUGUGUAGGAGAUGUUACUUACAAUGGAGAACUUCUGGACUUUGCCAAGGCAAAAAUACACGAGGUUUCCCUCACAGGAUGUUCCCUGAAAGACGAUGAAAUCAAAACAACGGUAGCUACAAUAACAACUAGCACAACCCCCGUACCUAGUUCUGAUGAUGAUGCUGCGUUACAGCUUCGCCCUGAUGGCCACUGCGCUUUACCCAUUGUGCCACGGGGAAUUAAUUCUGAUUCUGAUGGACUACGAUUUGGAGGUGUACCUGGAUCUCGAGUCGAAUAUGAAGUCACGAACGAGUCCUUUGAUAAAACCGGAACCUUUACGCUGGACUUAUUAGCAACUGCGAACAGCGGUGUCAUACUGUUUGCUUCUAAUGAAAAGCAAUCUGAUCAUAUUGGUCUAUUCUUGGAGAAUGGAAGAGUUGUUUUCACGUAUAACAGUGGAAAUGGUGCCAAUGUGGUUCUGAAAUCGAAAAAAUCAGUUAUGGAUGGCAAAUGGCAUUCUAUAAAGGCAUCGAGAACAAGCACGGAGAGCCAUCUUGUUGUGGAUGAUGAGAGUGUAGAGAUUGAAAUAUCCUCGGUAGAGUCUAUUGAGACUAAGGCCCCAUUGUUCGUCGGAGGAGUACCAUCCGAACUUUCUGCCUACACUAGAACAAUCAUCGCGGGUGUUCGUUCUGAGUUUGGAGGUUGUAUCCGCGGUUUCAAGUUGAAUAAGAAGAUGCUUGAAAAUAAGCACGAAUAUGGCGUUCAGCAAUGCAGUUCUUUCACAGAAGACGGAAUGUUCUUCGGAGAGAAGGGAGGAUAUGCUAUUUUGAAAAAAGAAUACCAUGUUGGUCAAACUUUCAUUGCUGAUAUCGAAGUUCGUCCAAGAACCCAAGAUGCUGUCUUGUUCUCUGUUGGAAAAGUUGAAUAUUUGUCAGUUCAGAUAAAUAAUGGAUCUGUCAAGUUUACUAUUGACAGUGGAGCUGGUGCUGAGAGCCUUGUAUACAGCCCUAGUUCUGGUUCAUCUUUGUGCGAUGGCCACUGGCACUCAAUUAAGAUUAUGAAAAAGAAAAAUUUGAUGACGUUGACUGUUGAUGGGAAGAGUAAUCUUCAUAUUAUGAAAAAGAGCAAGAAACCUGAAACCGUAACUAAUGAUCCUAUUUAUUUGGGAGGACUUCCUGAUGGUGCUGAAGCCAAGGGUCUCGAUACUAAAGCUCCAUAUAUUGGAUGUCUUCGUAUUACUAACUAUGGAGAUAAGAAAACUCGUGUUAUUCGUCGUCGUAAGCAAAUUGAUGUUUCCAAGUUGGAAGUCUUCGGCGAUGUAUCAAAUAAGGGAUGCCCCGUCAAUUAA